UAUACUACCAAUAAUAUGAGAAGGAAUUAUGCAACGUGCAAUCAAGGGAUGGUCGCAACGCUUUCAGUCCAGCCUCUCUCACGGAAUCGAGGGCCCGAGUGUUUUUAUUGGGGAUGAAUUUUUCCAACAAUAAUGAAUGACAGGGAAUUUUUGUUCGCAACAGCCACCUGGAUUACUAAGGGAAGCUGGACUAUGAAACUAAGUUGCUAUUAUGGGAAGGUUAGGUUUACAACAGGCUGUGGAUGAUCUGUGCAUGAAUAAUGAACACAUUUCUAGUUUACGCGAAAAGAAUCAGCCUUUAUAUGGUUUUUAUGAUUCAGAGAUCUAUGCUUCUCUUUUACGAGGCUGCAUAGGCUUACAAGCUUGUAAAAAAUUCCAUGGCUAUAUGCUCAAAACCGGGUUUAAGAUUGGAUAUGUUAAACUUGGAAAUGUAGAGUGUUCACGCCAACUGUUUGAUAAAAUGCCUCAAAGAAAUCUAGUGUCUUGGAAUACAAUGAUUUCAGGUUUUUCUGGCAAAGAGGGAGUGGAAUUUUUUUGUCGAAUGCAACGGGCAGGUGUAAAGCCAGAUCGACUUUGUAUUGUUGGGGUUCUGAACGCCUGUGCUAGCGUAGGCGUGGAAGCACAGGAACAGGGUAAGCAGGUACAUGGUUAUGCUAUAACGAAUGGUUUGGUAUUCUGUAAUUCAAUUGUUAGCAACGCAUUGAUUGAUAUGUAUGGUAAAUGUGAGAGAAUAGAUGAUGCACGUCGCGUGUUUGAUACGAUGCCUCACCACGAUGUCGUCUCUUGGACUGCAAUAAUCAAGGGGUAUGUGCAAUUGGGGGAAGUGGAGAUUGCACGUGAAUUGUUUAACAAUACACUUGAACGAAACAUAGUCACAUGGAACACUUUGAUGGCAGGAUAUGCACAGCAAGGGUAUGGUGAAGAUACUCUGAUACUAUUUGGGAAAAUGCUUAGGCAAGAUGUGAAGCCAGACCACUUUACCUUUGUAAGUGUUCUGAGUGCAUGUGCUGGCCUGGCUGUGCUGGAAUGUGGAAGACAAGUGCAUUGUCAGAUUACUAGAACAGGACACGAUGUAACCAUCUUUUUGGGCAAUGCUCUUGUUGACAUGUAUGCAAAAUGUGGGAGCACUGUAAAUGCCCACAAUUUAUUCGACAGAAUGCUCGAGCGAGAUGUUGUGUCAUGGAAUGCAAUGAUGGUUGGAUAUGCUCAGAAUGGAUAUGGCAAAGAGGCCCUUCAACUCUUUGAAAAAAUGCUUGAUGCCGGCUUGAAACCAGAUGAAAUUACUUUCAUGUGCAUUCUCUCUGCAUGUAGCCAUACAGGCCUAGUUGAUGAAGGCCAUUACUAUUUUAGUUCAAUGAGUCAUCGUUAUUCAGUCACACCAAGAGCAGGUCACUAUGCAAUCAUGAUUGACAUCCUUGGGCGAGCUGGGCGCAUGGAUGAAGCAGAGCACUUGAUAGACAACGCACCAUUUGAACCAGAUGCAAGCAUGUGGAGGGCAUUGCUUGGUGUCUGCAGGAUUCGUGGCAAUGCCGGAGUAGCAAAACGUGCAGCAGAAUGUCUUUCUAUGUUGGAACCACAAAGUGCUUCACAAUAUGUGGUGCUGUCAAAUUUGUAUGCUGCCGAUAAAAUGUGGAAUAGAAUGGCCGAGGUGAGAAAAUUGAUGAGAGAGAGGAGAGUGAAAAAAAUGCCAGGGUGCAGCUGGAUUGAGGUGAAGAACAGGGUGACUGCAUUUAUUGCAUAAGACAAGUCUGUGACAAUCACAAUUCAUCUUUCGAAAACUAGAAAUACUUGCAUUGGAGACAGACAAGGCUUGGAACGUAAGAUGCAAGUUUUAUUUCAUCUUAGGAUAGGAGAGUGCACGAGGUUUAUAGACACCUAUCAGAAUUAUCCAGAACACUUCAUAGAGGCAUCCAUGUAACUCAUCUGUUCUGAAGUGCUAUGGCUAAUCAAAACACAGAGAAACACAGCUAUAAAGACACGUGAGAAUACUUAAUAAUAUCUUACAUGCACUGCUUCCUAAUACAGAAAACAUAAAACUACCGUAUGCCUUCAGACUGGUGGGAAAUUUCUCGCUAAGCCCUUAUGAUGACAAUGUCCAAACAACAACUCUUUCACAGAGGCUUUUAAGAUGUUCUGUGCAAAGAUUUUACAGCACAAGGAAAGAGAUACUUUUUGAGGCCGCUAAGAAGAAAGAGAGCUUAGAGAGCUUAACUUAGACCUUUAACUGCCCUGCUAUCAUUUUUGGCUUCUCUCACGUGCGUUUGAUGAAUAAUGGGCACUUUAUCUGUGUAUGCUGCAGUCUUCAACGUGCAGAGCUGCCUUUUAGAUACGUGGGGAACAAAAUUACAUGGAAACAGUACCAGGUUCAGCUGAUGCAAAUCUAGUUACCCUACGAGAAAUUUGGGCUACCAGAGGGUUUUCUGUGAAAACCAAAUAUUCAAUUUGUCGAAUGGAGGUAUGAUUAAGUAGAAACAAGUGUAGAGAUUAAUGGGAGAAAUUUAAACGGGAAGUAUUACUUUAUGAAAAGAAGGCUUUAGUCUCAGUAGGCAAAUGAAGGACAAAGGCACAGUCUGGGAGUAUCCAAACAGAGUUUUGGACAUUCGAAACUGGUGGUCUGCAGACUAUAUGUUCAACAUGCCCUUUGAGAAUGUACAUAGCAUGAAAAAGAGCAAAGAAUUUGGGCUAAUUUGGUUUCUCUGAACAAGUUUCUUUUGUAUAUUAAAUAAAUAUAUUGGUGGAAUUUGAGAUUCUUCCCUGAGCUUCAUGAGUAUGUAUACUGUAGGUUAGUUCUAAUCUUGAUGUUUGAGCUUAUUUGAAGCUAAAAGGAUAGAUUAAUCUGCUCUGACAUUGUGAUGAAAGGAAUAUUAUUUCUAUCUGGUUACAUUCAGAGGAUGAUUAAUAAGUCAUGCACUAGUUCAAGGCAUGUGGUAUACUAGCAAGGAUAUCUUUUCUUACAAUUAGCGGUCCAGGAGUCAUUGAAUAUGCGACUAAGUUAUAAAUUUGAAUAAUGAAGAGAGAAUAAUCUCCCGGAUUGGUCGACAAUGGAGAAGUCAUAACUACAGGGUUUUUGUUUCCCAUUUUUUAAAAGUUUGAUAGAAACCAUUUCAUCCCUUGGAGUUAUCCUCCUU